GCUGUGCCAGCUCUCUUCCCUCUCCCUCACACAGCUCUGGCUGGUGAGGUGCUGCCCACAGCACAUCCCAGCCAGACCUGCCUGCGAGUGGACAGGUUUGAGGUGACACUGGUGGACCUGCCCGGGGCCCAGCGCUCUCGCAGCACCUGGCGCAGCUAUUACAGUGAAGCCCACGGACUCCUCUUUGUCCUGGACUCCAGUGAUCUGGCACGGAUGGAGGAGGCCCACAAAGUCCUGAGCCGUGUCCUGAGCCAUCCAGACAUCUCUGGGAAGCCCAUCUUGCUGCUGGCCAAUAAGCAGGACGCGGCCACUGCCCUCCUGCCCUGCGAGGUGAUCGAGCGCCUGGCCCUGGAGCGGCUGGUCAACGACAACCGCUCGCCCUGCCGCAUCGUGAGUGCGGGGCUGGACCCCCGUCCCGCUCCUCACCGGGGCUGGCCCCCCCGACCUUACUCCACACCGGAGCUGACCCUGCUCCUCGUCCCGCAGGAGCCCUUUGCCACCAAGCGCCCCCCUCCCGCCGGCCCGUCCCGCACCAUCCUGUCGGGGCUGCGCUGGCUCCUCCGCACCGUCCCCGCAGCCCCGCUACCGCCGCCCGCCGCUGUCGCUACCCCGCCCGGUGCCGGCCCCAGAGCAGCCCGCAGCCGCCCCCCCGUCCGCAGGGACCCGCCACCGGCCGGGGAGGAUGCCCGAGAGGGCACGGAUAAGAGCGGGGAGCCCCGGCCGCUGCGACCCACCCGCCGACGACUGCCCCCGGAGGAGAGCUUGAAGUGCCCUGGGAGAAGGAAGAGGAAGGUGAAGGUGAGGAAGAAGAGCUCAGGGCAGCCAAGCCCAGCUGAAGAGCCAGAGGGACCAGGAGGAGGAGGUGACAGCCGAGCCGGGGCUGCCAGGGGGCUGUUGCCUCCCAAUAGGGUUGGGCAGGAGGAGCCUGUGCCCACUGUAAUGGCCACCCUUCACCCAGGUGAGAGGCAGCUGUGA